GGUUACCACCACCAAAAAAUUCGUACACCCCUUUCCUUGCUUUACGGACUUUUGGUCGCUAAAGAAUUGCUAAGAAAAUAGUAAUUUUUUCAUUCUUAUACCUUUUUUCAUAGAAAACCUGAAAAUGGCAGAAGAACACGGAAAUCUUCAAAAGCUCUCAAGCUCGAUUUCUAAACUUGAGGAUGCUUUUAAACUGGCUUUGGGAGCAUGCCAAGAUAUCAAGGAAUACCUCCCAGUUCUCAUUGCUGAAAAGGGGGAUGUUAGUAAACCCCAAGGAAAGGCUAGCAAGAACGAAAACUCCAAGCAAAAUGUUAACAAAGAAUCAUCCACAGCAGCUGCCAAAGAUACUACUACUGUAGAAGCACCAGUCCCUUCUAUUUCCGCUGUGCAAGCUGGUUCUUCUGUAAACGAACCUGUGGCUAGUGUUUCCCCUACUCCCAACAAGCGUAAAACCAGAGACCCAGCUCAACCAAAGCGUCCCCCUACAGCUUAUAACUUGUUUCAAAAGAGCCAGCGUUCUGAAAUUAAAGAUUCUUUGGGUGAAAAAGGAAAUGAUGUGAAGGAAGUUAACAAAGCAAUGCACGAAAAGUGGACGUCUUUAAGCGAAACUGAUCGCAAGCCUUUUGAAGAAGAAGCCUCAAAACUUCGUGAAACUUAUGAAGCUGAAAUGUCUGCUUUCCAAGCUUCUAGAGAAUCUGUUUCUUCUCCCGCUCCUGCAGCAGCUGCCGAUGGUGAAUCACAAGAAGCAAACUCAAUUGCUGUCUCCAUGCCUACCACUCCUGCUAAUAACAAUUAUAUUGAAUUUUCUGAAACCAGACCUUUAGCACAGGCAUCAAUGUCAUCUCCAAUCACUGCUUCUAGAAAACAAAAUAAGAAGAAGCGUUCAAGCAACAACGCUGCUGCCGAAUCUCAAACCCAACCAGAUGACGCAUCUACAAGUGCUGAGAAGGCUGAACCUAAUCCUUCUCCUUCUGCUGGGAAGCGAGAUAAGAAGAAACGCCGUAAAAGCUCUGUAAAUCCUAACAGUGCUCCAACUGCCGCUACAGCUUCUAUUUAAUCGGUUUUAAAAGUUCCUCGAUGGGGAAUUUUUGUAUAACACUCGGCUAUUUUAAUUUCUUACAACUAGAACUUUAUUUGCUAAUGUUACGUUUUUAGCGUACAGGAAAUCUUUUCAUAGGUUUUUAUCAUUUUGUAUAUAUCAAUUGUCCACAAACCAACUUUGCGGCCCUUAAUUACUAAGACUUACUUUAGCUUUUAAUUUCUGUAAAGUACGUAUGCUUUAUGGUUUGUUAUUGAUUAGUGAUAUUCUUGUGUUUUUAUGAAGGAUCUGGUUGCGCUCAUCUCCGUAUUUAU